ACAAAUCCAAAUCGCGUGAAAAACAUGCAUGCCUAUAACUUACCGCCUAUAUUUGAAGCUGUGUUAACAUUAGUUAAAACUUUUGUCAAGCAAAAACUAAAAGACAGGAUCCGGACACACGGACGAUCAUUAGUAUCGUUGUAUGACAGUAUAGAUAUGAGUGUUCUACCGAGAGAUUAUCUACCAGACGACUACACCGGACCAUGCUCCGGAACAAUCGAGGAAGUUAUAGCAUAUAAUAAAGAGGAAAUAACAAAACAGCCUGUAGUGGAUUACCUUCUGGAUCUUGCAAGUGGAAAGUAUGGUAUAGACACGAAAUUAAAACCAUCCGAAGAAGAUGUACCGUCUGCUUCAUUUAGAAAACUCAAUGUCGAUUGAUCCGACAAUAUUGUAUAUUUUACUCAAAGUUAUGAUGUACUUACUGCAAGUUCUUGCACUGAUGUUUUAAUUAACGUUUUUUUUAUAGAAGAACGCGACAGAUAAUCGGUACACAGCUUCAAAAGUCGGUACUUAUCGACGGGUUUUCAUCGCUUUCAUGACAUUUUUCAUGGAUUAUUAUGGCAUUUUCUAUAAAUUAUUAUGACAUUUUCAAUAUAUUAUUAUGACAUUUUAUUACUUAUAUUGACUUUGUACUUAAUAAAUGUUUCGUGCGCAUACACUUAUACAUUUAUAUAUUACGACUCGUCAAAACAAUGACAAGAAUAAGAUUGGGAUAUUAAUGAAAAAAAAAAGAAAAAAACAAGCAGGAUUUAUUGACGUAUUUUAGGAAUGAGUUUGCCCAAACUCCAAGCUAUGAAUUUAGAUCAGUCCUUUAUCAAUAUAAAAAUACAAAUGAUUAAGUAUCAACUGUAUAAAGUAGAUUGCACAAAUGCUCAUGCUCGCCUAGCUCUACAUGUACACUGAUCACAGGUAAUGGGUUAAUUUUUUGUCUGAGGAAUUGUUUAAUGAAACUGUUGGCACCUUGCAUCGUUAGGCAAUGCUCCGAGAUAGUUGGCAGAAACUGUGUUCAACAACAAACAAAAUGUACAAUGUUUUGUUAUAUGUUUUCGUGACUCCUGGUCCUUUUUUAACUAUAUAGGUCACGGUAGAUUUAUAUGAUGUCAUGGUAAUAAGUUGUUUUGCGUUUUUGUUAUUAGCAUGCUUCCUAAAUACUGUGGCUUUUUAGAUAAACAGAUUCGUCUUACAGUUUUAUUCCGUGCUUACAACAAUUUGAAAAAUAUAUAUGACAAUAUUCAUGGCCAACUUUAAUCGUUGUAUGUAAAAUUGUAAAUCUGGCCUAUGUCUUUUUUUUGGUUAGAGUUUGUUUUGUAUUGCUUUGUACGUCUAUUAUGUGGUUAAGAAUGUUUAAUAAAUGUUUUGUGUGUA